AAGGCGAUGGCGGGGCCCGGCGCGGCCCCUCCGCGCUUGGCCGUGGCCCUCGCCGCUUUGGCGGCCUUGGUCGCCGUGAAAUAUUAUCGGGACGCCGAGACGGCCCGGCAGCAGGAGCUGGCAAUGAAGUCUCUGGGAAGUGAAGGGCUGUUUCUGUUCUCUUCUCUGGACACAAACAAUGAUCUCUACCUCAGUCCAGAAGAGUUCAAGCCCAUAGCAGAGAAGCUGACAGGGGUGGCUCCCAUCCCUGAGUCUGAAGAGGAGGAGCUGCCUGAUCCCAGUGGGGAGACCUUGUCUGUGGUGGCUAAAUUCCAGCCCUUGGUCAUGGAAACGAUGACCAAGAGCAAGGAUGGCUUCCUGGGGAUUUCCCAUGUUGCUCUCUCUGGGCUGAGGAAUUGGACAGCCCCAGCAGUGCCUCUGAGUGUGCUGCUUGCCAGGCAGUUCAAAGCCUUUCUUCCUCCAAAGAACAAAGUGGAUCUGGGGGAUCCAUGGUGGAUAAUUCCCAGUGAGCUGAACAUCUUCACUGGCUACCUUCCCAACAACAGAUUUUACCCUCCUCCUCCCAAGGGCAAAGAGGUCCUCAUCCACAAGCUCCUGAGCAUGUUCCACCCGCGGCCCUUCGUCAAAACCCGCUUUGCUCCCCAGGGAGCUGUGGCCUGCAUCCAAGCCAUCAGCACCUUCUACUACACCAUAGCCUUCAGGAUCCAUGCUGAGUUCCAGCUGAAUGAGCCACCAGACUUCCCCUUCUGGUUCUCCCCAGGCCAGUUCACAGGGCACAUUGUCCUCUCCAAGGACUCAGCCCACGUCCGGGAGUUCAGGCUCUUUGUUCCCAACAGCAGGUCUCUGAACGUUGACAUGGAGUGGCUGUACGGCGCGAGCGAGAGCAGCAACAUGGAAGUGGACAUCGGUUACCUGCCCCAGAUGGAGCUGGAAUCAACAGGACCUUCCAUCCCCUCUGUGAUCCAUGAUGAAAAUGGGAAUGUGAUUGACAGCAGGGACCCCUCGGGGGAGCCCAUCCACUUCGUGUUCGAGGAGAUAGCCUGGCAGCAGCAAAUCCCCUGGGAGGAGGCAGCCCAGAAGCUGGAAGUGGCCAUGUAUCCAUUCAAGAAGGUCUCCUACCUGCCCUUCACACAAGCUUUUGAGAGAGCCAAAGCAGAGAAGAAGCUGGUGCACUCCAUCCUGCUGUGGGGUGCCCUGGACGACCAGUCCUGCUGAGGUUCGGGGCGAACUCUCCGGGAGACCGUCCUGGAAAGUUCGCCCAUCCUGGCCCUGCUGAACCAGAGCUUUGUGAGCAGCUGGUCCCUGGUGAAGGAGCUGGAGGAGCUGCAGAACAACAGAGAGAAUGAGUUCUACAGCAAGCUGGCUGGCCUGCACCUGGAGAAGUACAACUUCCCUGUGGAGAUGAUCAUCUGCCUGCCCAACGGCACCGUGGUUCACCACAUCAAUGCCAACUACUUCCUGGAUAUUACUUCCAUGAAGCCUGAGGAUGUUGAGAGUAACCUCUUUAGUUUCUCAACCAACUUUGAGGACCCUUCAACUGCAACUUACCUCCAGUUCCUGAAGGAGGGACUGCAGAGAGCAAAACCAUACCUGCAGAGCUAAAAACAGAGGCACCUCAGUGCCCCACAGAGAUGGCCAAAGACUUCAGAGACUAAAGCAAUUCUUCCUCCUCUUCAUGCCAGGUGUUGAGAUGCAGACAGGCCCAGGACUGGGGCCUGGCUCUGGGUGUUGGAUGGAAGGCAAGUUCCAGGUGCUGCCAGUUUACAUCACCUGCCCCUGCUGAGUUCAGGAGGGGAAAUGCUUCAGCCUGUGAACACUGGGGGGGCAUAUGCCAUGCUUUGCCUCCCACCCUGGUGCUUUGCCAGCUGCUGCUCAGCCCCUGUGGUGAAACUCCUGUAGCAGCCAUGCCAGGUGUCACCCAGGAGCCUCUGGGCUGGGCUCUGUUGUGUGUGGGAUCGUGGAGAGCAGCAGCUGAACUCUCAAGGACUGUGCCUGUGCCCCAUGGGCUCUGGUGCAGGCUCCAGCCCAGCUGGGAAGCUCCCUCCUGGUCUCUGGUGUCCUCCACAGCUCCCUCCAGGGCAGCUCUGGGCUGCAAGCUGCCUGCUGGCUUGGAUGGCAGCAGUUAGCACCGGUGGUGGCAGCCAGUGCUUAGGGGGACUGCAGCUGGGGAGGUGUAGAUGUGAGCCCAGGAGGCUGGAGCUCUGGAGUGGCCUCCUCCAGCAGCCUGGGUGACAGGAUGGUCUCACCUGCUCAGGGUCUCUGCAUCUGAGGGAGGUGCUGAGGUUGAAACAGUGAAAUGAGGAAGGGAGGCCAGGGUGCAGGUCAGAGAUGUCAGGUGUGGGUUCACUCAGGCUGGGGAGGUUAGGGAGCAGCCCUCAGCUCCACCAGUGCUGCACUGCAGGCUGUGGCACAUGGCAGUGAGCAGUGCCCCCAUGCCACCCAGCCCAGGG